GAUCACCAAAGGAGAACAUCACGGAAGAAUAAGUCACAGAGAAAAUCAAGCCUGUUGACAAGGAUACAAUUGAUCAUUUUGACAUAUUCCAUCUUGUUUAUACUUAGACUUUCUGUUUCCUUGUAUGUAGGCUAAACCUAAUCAACUAACCUCUAUAUAAACCAUGUGUUGCGUAGAGAGAAAUAUAGAUAUUGCUUCAAUUCAAUUAUUUUCUUUCAAUUCUUUAGUUUCUACACUCUCUGCACACCCAUUGCAUUCACUCUUCCUAUCUCCAUCCGUCUACUUUCUCUCUCACCAAACCAAACUAACAAAAACCCUCUCAUUUUCCCUUAUCCAUGAUCUACAAUCUCAGAUCUGAAUCUCAUCUAUCAGAAAGUUGAAACCUUUACAAAAGGGUUCAUCGGAUCAGAUACGUAACCACUGUGCUGACCAUUUAUGAGGACGACCACCAUCGAUCCACACCUUCGGCUUUGGAUGAUUAGAUCAUCUCAUCUGUUUAUCUGAGAGCUAUACUACUUGCUGCUGAUUCGAGGUCCACAGCUUUCACAUACAGGGUUGGGUUUUUUUGGCCGUUGCUUAGUCUUGUUCUGUAAUGUUUCAUUUUGGGUGCUAAUGUGUUUUUGGGAUAUCCCUUUGUAUCUUUUUGAAUGUAGACCAGUGCAGCUUAGUGUUAAAUUAAGGAAGGGGAUUAGGUUAUUACUUUUGUGGAUGGCAGUGGUAAUUUCAAUAAUUGUUUAGAGUGUUAGAUGAAGGAAAGUUAUCCCAGUGAGACAACUUCAUGAACAUGUCUUCAAUGUGGCUUUUGCUCCAAUAUUGUUUGCUUGGCUUAAUUGGUUUAGUUGAAGCUUUUACUACAAUAAGCAAGCAGAGUUCUUUUAUACCGAGCUCCCAAGAACCAUGUCAAGUAUUGUUGUUUCUCUUUUGCUAGGAAUGGUUGUGACUAACUUGUUAUCCAGUGUUGUAAUGAUUGUCUGAUCAACCUGAUUGACCUCAAGAGGGGGAAAGAGAGUUGGCUUUAGAAUAACAUAAACAAAGGUUAUUUUGACUAUUACUAUUGGGUUCUCUCAUUGAUGAAGCUCAUUAUAAUAAAAACCCAAAAGUACUAGUCAAGAUAUCUUUAAUCAGGUUAUUUUAAAUCCAGAUCUCCUUCCACCCAUCCCUCUUGAAGUUAGGUCAGAAACAACAUUCAAUACAACACCAGAUAGCCAAUUGGUCACAAGAAUACCUAUCAACAACAGAGCAGUAACAAUACUAGACAUGCUUCUUGGGAGUUCAGUAUAAAAGAACUCUGUUGUAGUAAAAGCUUCAACUGAGCCAAGCAAGCAAUACUGUGGUAAAAGCCACAUUGCAGACAUAUCCAUGGAGUUGCCUUCUUGGAUAACUUUCCCUCGUUUGAUACUCUCAACAGUUGCUGAGAUUACCAUCGCCAUCCACGAAAGUGAUAGCCCAAUUCCCAUCCUUAGUUUAACACUAAGCUGCUCGGGCUUACACGCUCAACAACAUUAGAUAUAUAGUAAAUUGGCCACAAGCCAUUCCUAGAUGCCAAUGCUAAUGAUUU